AGAUGUCUAAUGCGUAGCACCCAAAAAUUGCCCUAGCCGCCUGCCUCUCCACAGUUGACAGUUCCCACCCCCACUCUCUCUCUCUCUCCACUUCCAAAACUCCCCAGGUCUUCACAGGCGGCGCCUUGCAGCGAGAUGGAUCUGACACAGGUGCUGCCGGAGGAAAUACUCGCCGACGUGCUCCGCCGCGUCGCGCCGCGCGGCCUUGCCGUGUGCCGCUGCGCCUGCAAGACCCUGCUCGCCGUCAUCGACGUCCGCCACCUGCUGCGCGCGGACCUCCUCCCGCUCUCCGUCGGCAGCAUAUUCAUCAAUUUCCACUGCGAACGUGUGUCGGAGUUCUUCGCCCGUCCCUCCACCGGCCCCACCAUCUCCGGCAGGUUCGACUACGUGCCCUAUACCAGCCGUCCUGAUUGGCGCAAAAUCAAGGACCACUGCAAUGGCCUCCUCUUGCUUGCUGAUUAUUGGGAUUGGGAGGAUUGUUACGUGGUUAAUCCGGCCACGCGCCAGUGGGAUUCUCUACCACCGCGUCCGUCCGUGUUCGAGGAGAUAGAUGAAAAACUCAAAUGCGAAUAUCAUCUCGUGUUUGAUCCCAUGGUGUCGCCCCACUAUGAGGUGUUUGUGAUCCUAAAUCCUCGCUACAACGGACAUGAGGACCAAGUAGACCCUGUUAUAUUGGAGGAACCUGAAUCUGAUUCUGAAUGGCCACCACCAGUGUUUGAUUUGCAUGUUUUCUCCUCAAAGUCGGGCGGUUGGAAGGAGAGGUCUUUUUUUCGAGAAGGGGAGGCUGCUGCCACUGUUUCUGGAAUGCGGCGACAUCUCGACUGGUUUGAUGACAGACGUCAUGCCGUCUACUACCGGGGCAACCUUUACGUCCGCUGCAAAACUGAUUUCGUAAUGAGGAUCUGCUUGUCAAAUGAUAAUAAGUACCAAGUAAUUAAACCACCCAUGGAUCGUGAACCGGACGACUACCAGAAGCUUCAUCUUGGACGAUCAGAAAAAGGGGUGUACCUUGCAACUUCUACUUUUAAAACGUCUCGUCUUAUUGUUUGGGUCCUUGAGGAAUCAUGUGGGCACGCGAAUUGGGUCUUGAAGCAUAACAAUUGCCUUACACCUAUACAAGAUGAUCUUCGUCCUGUUCUUGGGCCAUGGGUCUUACAAGAUAUCAAUUUUAAUGAGUAUCUCAAAGAAUGCAAGGAACGUAAUCCACACAGCGACGACUUGGAAUGGCUAAUGGAAAAGAAAUUGGACACUAGUGCAGAACCGGGCAAUAGCACCGGUUCGUAAGACCCUUUUUCUACUAGUGGGAGUUGAACUCUGGCAAGAAAGAUCUAGGGGAAGAAAAGUUUGAAUGGGACUUUGAAAAUGACAACGUUCUUCACAAGGAAGAUGAGGUUGACGGACGUGGAUCUGGAUACUUUGGUAUCCUUGGAUUUCAUCCGUAUAAAGAGGUUGUCUUUCUGCAUGUAUCAAUGUGCAGAGGGUUGGCCUAUCAUUUGAAAAAUUCAAAGUUUCAGGAUCUUGGCUAUUUAUACCCAACAAGUUGUCAUCUAGUAUCGGGGGCCGACCGUUUCAUAACUGAUUCAUUCCCAUACACACCUUGUUGGACAGAACUGCAGAAAGCAACAAGAAUGUAGAAGAAGGCCAUCUCGGAGACUUGUACGAUGGUUGGGAUCCAAUUGACCAUCGGAUUAAAUGGUCUACUCAUGUUUAUGGCCUGGUUUAGUCUUAUCACUAGUAGAAAAGGGGGCAAUGGUCCAGGCCGGGUCAG